AGUCGCGUGUUGAAAGUGAAACGAAAAAGACCACGGCGAGAGCGUGGAUAGAGAGGAGAAGCGAGUAACAACGACGAGGUUUGAGACGACAAUUAGCAAAGCAAACAAAGCUUUUGGGCUGUGAUUUUGUCUCUCUGUUGUAUCUGAUUCAUAUUGAAGUUAAAGCUGAACUUCGCACCAUGGAACAGAAGCGUGCCAUGCUCUAUCCGCAAGUGGAUUUCAACACGCCAAGCGCUCCGCUGCCGACGCCAACAAACGAACUGUCUGCUGCCCAGCUCGGUGUGCCCAUUGAAGCGCCGCCAUCGUAUGAUGUGGCAAUAGCAGCACAUACUCCCGCUCCCGCUCCAGCGACGAUUGUGAUUGCGCAGCCGCAGCCACAACAACCACAAGAACCGCAACAGCUGGAGCCCACAUUUGUGCAGACAGGUCCCACGAAUUUGGGUCCGAAUCCCUGCCGCGUGCUGUGUCCCGCCUGUGGCGUUCAGAAGACCACUCGCAUGACGCACACAGCCAACGCACGUACUCAUAUGGCCGCAGCGCUCAUCUGCCUAGUGGGGUGGUGUGUCUGCGCCUGCUUUGUGCCCUAUUGCAUGAAUAGCUGCCGCACGGGCAACCACUACUGCCGCAAGUGCAACACCUUUUUGGGUGUCUACAAUCCGAAGGGUGUGAAAUGAUGCAGUCUGAUGAGCGCAGUUAAUUAAGAUAAGAUAAGCCAAACGUUGAUCUAAAUAUAUAAGCAGUCUCAUAUAACAGCUUAAACUGUCACUCUAACAUCAGCUGUUUGUACUAUAUUAUUUUAGCUACAUAUUUGUUUAAGAAUAUUAUAAUUAAUCAUGCAUACAAAUAAACUAUGCAUACAUACAUAUGUACAUACAUGUGUGUGUUAAAAAACAA